CUAUCUGUUAAAUUACUGUUGUUCAUAUUCAAUGGCGAUGUUCGAAUCUUAACGGCGGUUUACUCGAUCAUUCAAAAGUAUUUUCGUUCCCAACAGCACGGUACCAAGGAUGCAACUGGAAUAAUGAUUCGUUAAACGUUGUUACAGACCAAUAUCUUUGAGUUCAUAUCAAAAGUCCGUUCACUAAUCCUUGUAAUACGACGUUUGGUUUACCGUAUUAAAUAUUCUGGUUUUAGUGGUUUAUAUUCAUUACGAUGGCUACUGCGCCGAGGAAACGUAAAUACAUCAGCUUUCCAAAGCGUCAGAAGAGCAUUGAUUAUGGUUUACAUGGCGGUCCAGAUGAUCCCAAUGGAACUCAUAUCACUUUACAUCGCCUUAAAUCAAUCGAUGAAAAGGACUCCACUGACCAAGAUAUGAGGAUAGACUACGGCACGAAUACCCUAUCAAACAGUUGUGUGACGCCGAACAAAAACGAUCAACUCAAGUUGGCAGCCAUCUACGAUGACGAGCCUCAAAUUAUCAGAAUUCUCAGCUCCCUAACCAAUCAAGAAGAUGUUCAACGAAUAUUGGCAACGAACGAUGAACGUGGUCAACCGUGCAUCUUUUAUGCUCUUGAGUCCCGCAGCAAGAAUGCUCUGGCCUGUUUACUUCACCAUAUCAAGUUCACUGAAUGUGUCAUCGCUGAAAACGGAGAAAGCGUUCUUCACGUUGCUACGAAGAUGGGAGAUAUUGAUAUCGUGCGCAGACUGCUGGAAGAGGAGCUUGUCGCGCACCUGGUCGAUCAUGUUGAGGGUGAAAAUGGCCGAGCCCCGUUGCAUUUGGCUGCGUGGUUUAAUCACAUCGAGAUUGCGCAGACGCUGGUGAAACAUGGCGCGAAAAUAGAUCGUCCGGACAUCACCGGGAAGUCACCAAUAUACAUGGCAGCCUGUAGUGGUCAUGCUGAUAUGUUGCGAGACUUCUUGGAACAUGAAAAGGACAGAGUUGAAGACCUUCUUUUCAGCAAGUCGUACGGAGGAGGCCUUUAUAAAAACAUCUUUCACGUGGCGGUCGGGAGUGGAGACGCGAGUUCUGUCCAAGUCUGUCUUGAACAAGAUCAGGAGAUCGUACGAAGAUAUUUACAAGAGGAAGUCAAACAUGGCAACGCUCACAUUAUUCACGCAGCGUGCAAGAACGGAAUGGAGAAAUGCCUGAUGAGGAUAGUUGAAUCUAUGGGUCGUCUGGACACAAUCCAAUUGAACAUGAAGGAUAACUUGGGAUUUGCUCCCAUCCAUAAAGCUGCUAUUAACGAUCAUGCAAAUUUAGUAAGAUUCAUUGGUUUAAAGUCGAGAAUAUUUCUCAACGAGAAGACUGAAAAUUCUCAGACGUCCUUAGUCCUCGCAGCUCAACGCGGUCAUAUUAAUGUUGUGGAACAGUUACUUGAACUCAAAGCUGACUUUACCAUCACCGAUGAUAGUGAUAGGACGGUGCUGCAUUACUCCAUCGAAUAUCCAGAUAUUCUGAAGCUACUGCUGAGGAAAAAGGCUCUUACACAGCUGUUGAUCAAUGCGAAAGAAAAAGAUGGCUACACCCCAAUCCAUAACGCAGCCUUGCGAGGCUUAUGUGAAAGUGUUCGGAUACUGUUGGAUCAUGGCGCAGACUUAAACGUCUUCACAAACACCUCUCGCUCUCCACUUCAUUGCGCAGUCAGCUCUCAGUGUUUGGAUAUGGUGGAGUUGAUACGAGCCAAAGAACCAGCGUUGAUUAAUAAAGCUGAUGCAACCGGGAAAACACCGCUUCAUACUGCAGCGAGCUAUGGUAGCGCUGAGGUGGUCAGAUGUCUUCUCAAUAAUGGAGCUUUGAUUGUGAGGGAUGGCAACAUGUUUACUGCCCUUCACAUUGCUUCGUGUAAAGGCCAUCUAACUAUAGUUGAGAUGCUAGCGACGUUCAAUAAAAGCAUUAUUGACUGGCCAAACAAAUAUGGCCGAACAGCAUUGCUUUGUGCUGCAAAGUCAUGUAAGACUGACGUGGUGAAGUAUUUACUGGACAGUAAUGCAGCAAUCACAGAGGAUUAUGAAUUAUACAAUUGCCUGGAUUGGUCGAUGAUAAAAAAUGACAAACAAAGUGCUAUGGUCAUGAUGUCACAUGAUAGAUGGAAAGAGGUUAUGUCGACCACGAAGCAUGGCACCGAAGGAACGAUGACUAAGCUGGUUGGUAGCAUGCCUGAGGUCGCUUAUCGUGUUUUAUCCAACAGCAUGAAGUCUGUCGGUCAUCCUGAAAGCAAGGAGCAUUUGGUUCGAUAUACUUUCAUGAGUUUGCAAAACCUCGAAUCUACUGCAAACAAAACGGCAAAAAGUGAAGUAAGACCACUGGCAGCAAUCAAAGCAAUGAUAAGGAACAACUGCUACAAUUGUCUCUGUCAUCCAGUCUGUUGUAAAUAUCUCAAAGCCAAGUGGAUGCAAUUCGGGUGGAAGAUAUACUCAGCCAGUCUUUUGAUAUAUAUUGUGUUUUUAAUUUCAUUAAACGUGUACGCAUUUGGGAUCCCUACCUAUAAGGAAUCGUUGGAAAAAAAAGAAAACCAGAAUGCUUCUAUCAAUGUAAAGGUGGCGAUGGUUAUUUGUAUAAUUUUUGCAAGCUUCAAUGCGUUUAAAGAAAUAGUUCAGCUGCUGGUCUACAAGUUUAAUUAUUUCAUGGACAAAGUGAAUUACCUGGAGUGUAUCUUGUACAUCUCUACAUUCAUAUUUGCCGUUCCAAAUAAUGGAAUGAUUGCAAUAAAGAGUAGUUCUCAAUGGAAAUCCUGCUCGGUCGCUUUGUUUUGUGCAUGGCUGAAUCUGGUUAUGUAUUUACGAAGAUUUGCCUCUUAUGGAAUCAUUAUCCUCAUGAUGAGAAAGAUUUCUGCCACUUUACUCAAGGUAAUGCUUUUGCUCAUAUUCUUUCUGGUUGCCUUUGCGGCUGGGUUCACGGUGAUCAUGAACGAUAGAGAUGGAUAUCAGAGAUUUGGGCUCUCGAUGAUAACCAGUGCCGUGAUGUCUUUGGGUGAAUUUGAAUUAAAGGAAACGUUUUUAAAAGAUGCCUUUCCUGACUACAAAACAUUUUACUGGCUGAGACUUGCUCAUCUGAUCGCUUUUCUCGUUGUAAUGCCGAUCAUCAUCAUGAACUUGUUGUUAGCCCUGGCUAUCGACGAUACGAGCAGUAUCAUGCAAAGAGCUAAACUCCAGAAACACAUUCAGACAGCGAAAAUGAUCAUCGAUUUGGAACGAAAACGUUUAAGUUUCAUGUGGAAAAGACCGACGCCUGUUGCUGACCUGGAAGAACGUCCAAAUAAGAAACAUGAUUUUUCACGGACAAUUUGGGAGUUUGUUUUUUACGGGCCCGAUUUUUCUACCGAACAGAGUAACGAUACGCCCCGUGGCGGAACUAAUGCUGAGAAUUUAGAGAUGAUUGUGGACAUGAUGAAGGACUUGCAGAGGCAGACUGCAAUUUUGCAAAACAAAGUGAUGGAAAUACAGAAUGAAUUUACUGUAGCAAAGAAUCGUCGUUCUUUAGAGAUCAUAAGACUUAGUCAAGACAGGCAACAUGUUAGCACUCAAUUUCGGGGCUUCAGUGAGAGCAUUGAAGGGAGUGUCCCAUGGGAGCAGAGCGCAGAAACCAAGAGAAAGGUCUGGGUAGGAGUGCAUAGGGAGAAAGAUACGCAUAGCAUGAGUACCCAGUCUCCCAGUGUGCUCGACCCUAGUGAUAUCAUCAUGUCUGCGGAGCAGGAUGUGUUUGAUGACGAGGAAAGAGAGAGAAAGGAACAUGAUCCUGAGUUAAAGGAGUUAAAGGAAUUGCACAACCAGUUGGAAGUUGAUGAGAAUGAUAUAGGGGCUGGGUUAUGGGGGAAUGAUGAUGAGGAGGAAGGUGGGAAAACUGAAAAGGGUGGUGCAAAUGAUGAAACAAGUGAGAGGACAUUAGAGGAUGAUGGAGGACAGACAAGGUUACUUCAAGAUGGCAAUGGUAUCAUUGUGUGAGGUAUAUUGGGAUCUUCAUGUGGGUUUGGAGAGUUUGAGAGAUGAGCUGGUCCAAAUGAUCAGAAAUCAGAAGUUAAAUAAUGAGCACUUAAUAAUGAAAAAUUAACAAGAAUGACUAUGGGUUUCAACGUUCAUAUAUAUUACACACAGGGAUUGUGUAGGACCUAAUUUAAUAAUAUUUUGUAAUAUUAUCAAAUGAUAUUUAAUCUUAUGUAUCA